GCAGUGACGCGGUGCCAGUCUAGUCGGGGUGCAGGUGUCGUGAGGGGCGCGCGGGUACCAGUGUUGCUGCUGGUUGACUAGUAACACCUCGGGUAUCAUACUCAGCCGCAGGUUAUUCCAUCUCUCCUCUGGCCGGCCUUGGACAGCUCAACGCUCUCAGGUGCCGUGGUAAGGACUUCCCCACCGCCAGCCGCCAUGCUUUCACAAGUCAGAAGGGCAAGACACUGCUCCCCGAGUGUCGUGUGCGUGGUGCUGGUGAUGCUGGUGCCCUUGAGCCUGCAGACAGAGAGCCGCUGGGGCCUGGAAUACCCUGUGGUGCCAUGGGAAGACAUGUGGCAGGAAAUGGAGAUGAUGUCAAAAGAUAAGAACUGCCCUACGGAGAGCUCGACCUGCUGGCACACCUCCAACGCCACCACCCCCCAGCAGCUGGUGCCCCAGGUGUGCAGACCGUGUGCGUGUGACGAUGAGUGUGUACUCUACGGCGACUGCUGCAGGGACAAGGCUCAGGCGGACUGGGGUGACGGCCGGGAGGAAGGCACCGGCCGCUACAACUGCAGGAGACUCCGGCCCUGGGACUAUCAGGGCCUUCUGAUGGUGGAGUCCUGCCUGGCGGAGUACAGAGACCAUCCAGUGGAGCGCCUGUGCACCCAGAAGGUGCCCCCGGAGGAAUACACUUACAUCCUGGACCUCAGCGUCACCUCCAGGCUCACCAACACUACCUACGCCAACUACCACUGCGCCGUCUGCAACAACGACGCUUCCAGUCUUCACGUUCACAGGGUCAACAUCAACUGCAGGACAACUGAGAUCAAGAAAGAGUUCACCAUGCAGGAAUUUAUGAGCAAGGCCGUGUACCGCCCCGGGUCCCUCAUGCUGGACCGCUAUGUGUACCGGAAUGAGGAGGACGAGCGUCACAGCAUUCACCGAGAGCACCACACAUGCUCGCUGGAGGUGGCGGAGUUCAUUAACCCAGAGAAGUUUGCGGAGAAAUACGGCGGGCGGCUGUGCCUGUAUCCGAAGUCCGGGUGCAACCCUCGCCUGCUGGGCAGAAGGUCGCAUUGCAUGCAGCAGAUGCGGCACUGUCACCCUGACUGGCCGGAUCCCCUGGACGUGGAGAAGUGCCACCGUUACUCCCAGCUGGUGCUGCACACGGUGGGCGGCAGCCGCACCACCCUCUACAAAAACCUUCACUGCGCCAAAUGCAACUUCGUCAACAUGUCAUCGGGCCAGUUCCAAUGCUUAGAUCCUUAUGACUUCAAUGUGUGCUCGUCCUUGAACGGCAGCAGGUCCAUGUACUUGCCCCCCGUCUUCUCUGUACUGAUGGAUUUCCGCAAUACCUCCUGUGACGCGACGAACGAAUUGUGGGACCCCAUCCAUUUCGCCUGCAGAAAAGUGUUCUGUGGACAGCUGUACAAACUGGAAAAAGGUGUGUGCGUCAGAGAUCCGGCUGCCCUCGCUGUCUUACGGAAUUCCACCCUGCUGGAUGAUUCGUGUCGAAAGAUCAACCUAUCAGAGUCGGAGUACAUACCACGUAGUGACGGCUCAGUGUUUGUCAAUGCCACCAAGCGCGUGUACGAGCAGGGCGAGUAUGAGAUGUUGAGUGAAGGGGAUGUGCUCAUCUGUAACGACUAUGACGACUACUUUGCGAGCUUCACGCUGCUGCACCAGCUGCUCACCCUCGUUACGAUAGUCAUUUCGCUGGUGGGUCUGGGCCUGCACAUCAUCAUCUACAUGCUGGUGCCUCGCUACAGGAACCUCCCGGGAAAGAACCUUUUUUGUCUCAGUUGCUGCCUCUUCCUGGCCUACCUUCUCUUCCUGACGGGGAUGAAAGCCACCGAGCACCGCGGCCUGUGUGUCUUCAUUUCCUCAGCGCUUCACUUCUUCUGGCUGGCCGCCUUCUGCUGGAUGAACGUGAUGAGCGUGGACGUGUGCCGCACAUUCAACAGCCAAGUGUAUCGCGGAGACCCGGCAGGGAACCGCACCUUUGUCUUAUACUCCCUCUAUGCUUGGAGCGUCCCUGCCGUGGUGGUUGCCCUCGCCCUCAUCUUUGACUUCAUGGACAUCCUGCCAGAUUACCGCCCGCGGUACGCCACAGAUCUCUGCUGGAUAAACAGCCGCUAUGGUCUGGCUCUCUUCUUCCUCUUGCCUCAGGGCGCCAUCGUGCUGGAGAAUACCUUGCUCUUCCUGGUGACCGCCCGGGGUAUUUACAAGCAGGUGCAGGCAGCCAAGUACGCCAGUACCCGCUCCCAGAGUGUCAAGGGUGCCAGGAAUGAGAAGAAUAGCAGGGCGGAGCAGAAGACAGGCCCGAAGGAGGGUAUGCAGGGGCGCAGGAGCAAGAAGGAUCGGCUGCGUCUGAUCCUGUACAUGAAGCUGGCGGUGAUCCAGGGCGUGUCUUGGGUGACGGGGUUCAUUGCCGCCUUUUCGGACCUCUCCUUCUGCUGGUACAUCUUCACGGUCUUCAACGGCCUGCAGGGAGCCUUCAUCUUCCUCGGGUUUGACAUGAAGAGAAAGGUGUUGGAGUCCGUGUGGGAGACGCUGGUGGGGACGCCGUGGAGGAAGCGUAAGUCCUCCAAAGACACCCGCACCACCUCCAUGGGCACGACCACCAACAACUCCAACAGUGAUUCAGAUGAAGGGAAUGAGCUUGACUCAACCUUAGCAGGCCCUCUGGUAAGACAGAAGGGUGUAGGGUGGCAGGCAGGGGUGGGCGUGGACUGGAGCUCCUCCACCAAGCACUGCCCUCCCUCCCAGACCUUUGACAGAGUCAGAAAGGUGGGCAUAACAGGCUCCCAGAAGACUAGCUCUGACCAGUUCGCAGGGCAGCCCCAAGUAGUCCAGGAGGCCAAGGCAUCCCCGAGCCAAGCAGUGAAGAAGACAGACUUGCGGGCACGGGUGGUGCGGGGAAACUUUGAUGGGGAAGACACUGAGCCACUCAAGCUGGCCUCGGAUGUCCCGCUGCUGCCCCAAGACCAAACGCCCAGCCAGCCCAAGACAAAUAAGCCUAACGUGCAGCGAGUGAUGAGCCUCCUUCAGCAGCUGCAACAACAGUCCCAGAGCUCAGUGGACCUCCCGGACCUCGUGCAGCAGCUCCUGAGGCGCAACGGUGAUUCUCUCAAGGGAACAGAGCAGGACCCAAGCACCCUCCCCAAGUGCAGGAGCUUUACUGAAGGCGCCUGUCCUGAGAUCAAGGACGAACAGCAGAGGGCUCUUGUUGCCCAGCUAAGGCAGAGCAUGGCGGCUGGGUCCUUCCGUGCAGAAACAGGCAACCAUGGCCUACCCAAGACCCCCAGCACCCAUCACCAGCCCAGCUCACUGAACCACACAGCCAACACCUCGUACAACAGUCUCUACACUCCUAGCAAGAGCCUGCCUUCUCAGAUGUCCGCAGACAAUAGGGCUGCGAUCGUCUCUCCGCAGAUAAAACGAUCACAAAACUCAUCUAAUAAUUUGCACAGAACUCCUAAAUCACAGUAAUGUUUUCAAAUCUGUAUAGUGGCGCUGGCAGCCACAGUCAUGUAAAGUCCCAGGAAGAGGAGGUGUCCUAAAGAUGAGACCACUGAGUGUUGGUCGUCAGCAAAGAGUGAACAACCCUCAGCCUCACCAAACAGCUUGAUGUGAGGCACGUGUGGCAGGCACUUCAGCCCGCCAGGCUAUGACGGUGACGCAGGUAUAGCUUAAAUCACGUUUUUUUUUUUUUUUUUUUACCGGAAAUUUCAUAUCGAUAUAUAGAAAUAUAUUGUGUGUUAACUUUUUUUUUUUUUAGUUACCAUUAUCAUAGCAUCAGUUAUUACUGCCAGUGUGAAUCAAAUCUCUCCAUAUAAGGAUUAAGUAUGCAAUGGGCCACAGAAAAUAUACGCAGUAUUUUGGUGUGGGAGCCAAAAAAAGGUAACGUAUCGGGAAUCACAGCUGAACAAUGUAUAUCUUGUGACUGACAUAACAAUUAGUAACAACUAUUUGUUCGUGUAAUUGAUGUAUCAUGCUUGUAUACAUGUACAUGUAAACAGGGAUUUGUUAGGCUGAAGAAAUGUUUGCCACUACCCCGAAAUGUAAAGUUUUACUGGCACGCUCUCGUACAAUUAAGCACUAUUUUAGAUAUCUUACAAGUAUGACCUGAUUUAAUUUUUACCACAUGUUGAAUCUCUUCCUGUGCAUGUGUGAGUGUGUGUGUGUGUGUGUGUGUUUAAGGGGAGAUGUUCCAGCCGCCAAAGACAAACUGAAAUGAGUUCCCCUGCACUGUGUUCUCCGAGUCACUGUCACACCACAGUCAGAAGCACCACGCUGGCAUUACCCCAGUGCUGUGGUUGCCUACAACAGUUUGAUGUCCGAUGUGUAAUAAUGCAUGACAGAAAAAAAAAAUGUACAUAUUUUGGAUGUUUAUUUUAUAUACUAUAAUGAGAUGUGGAAAUAUCAUUUAGAAGGAACGUUGUGUUGGUAAUUUAAUUACUCAUUUAAUGCUAUUGUUCGUUUGGAUGUAGGAUAAUUAUUUAUUUGCAUGACAAUGACUGGAUAGCCUCGCCAUUCACGCUCUGUUCAUCCAGGAACCCUUUUAAUCGUUACCAAAUAAUCUGUGGCACUGGCUGAGCUGCAGGUUUGCUCUUCUUGUAUUAAAUAAUUUAUAGAGCUGCUUGGGUGUCUCCAAGCGCCAUUUUUUUUUCUUUUUACAUUAAAUGCUUAGUCUUUGAAGGUAUCAACAGGAGACUUAAGAAUACAAGGAAGAUACAACAAAUGCAUCAUGGUAAUUGAGCAAUCCAGCUGGUAAUAGUUAAAAGUUAAUGCCAAAGCUUGUCAUCAAAGGUAAUAAUGCACGGUCAUCAGUGAUAGUUCAACCAUUACAUCACUGCAGCUACCACCGGAAUAGCUACGACGCGGCAAGGUGUGCUGACAAACAGUGAUCAUUAUUGAUACCCAUUUAACAACAAUUUAAAGAUAUGAACAAUUCUUCGUCUUCUAUUUCAUUUCACUCCUCUCUUCUUUUCCGUGUAUCCUUUGACUCCGUUACUGUCCUUCUCUUUCAGUCAGCAUUGAAUCGUUGGAUCGUUCGUGACACCAAGAAUGGCUUUUUAUUUUUUUUAAUUAUAUACCGUAUGUCAUGAAAACGGCUCGUUUGCAUGUAUUGCGCGUUAUGAAGAGGUCAGUCCAGAUUAGUUCUCCAGCCUUGUAUGCACACAUGUAUCCACUCUGUGAAUGAUAAGGUUAUACCAAUUACCGUUCACUUACAUUUUCAUUAUGCAUGUUCACCUAUUGUUCUUCUCUUACCUCAGACUUUUUUUCAUUCAGCAUUUUCUUCCUUACUGAAGAUGCUUCGUUUCUCAGAUCUUGGCAAAGUAAUUUAAUGAACCACUUAAGGACACGUGAACAUGGCUAUACCGGUAAUGACCUAUAGCCUCGUCCGCUGGUUAGCCUUGGGUAGUCAUGUUGUCUUUUCAAUCGUGAUGUUAAUUGACUUGGUAUUUUUACACAAAUCCCUAUUUAUUGUGGUGUGACAGUGAUAAUUUGGAUAGUGGUAAUGAUAUAAAGUCAAUCAGUCUCUCUCUCUCUCUCUCUCUCUCUCUCUCUCUCUCUCUCUCAAUAACAUACACAGCCAAAGAUAAAGUAGUAAAGCCAAGUAAUAUAACGUAUACUCAUGUAAAUAAACGAAUGUUCAGAA